UUCUCGUGGUUUCAACCACUGGUGACACUGUAAGACAUAGAACUCAGGAGAAUUUCAGUUCGGAUCCAUGCACAUCCAUUUGUGAUUUUUCAUUGUUGUUGUCUGAUCAGUCGCUUUCAAAGCUGCUUGCCUAUUUAUUUCCCAGCACAACUAGAGAAGCAUAUCGACAACAGCUACAGAUUGCCGCCACUUUUUUGUUGAAGAUGUUAGAGGAAAAUGCUGCAGGAUUCAUUUCCCCGUGCCAGCAACAAAACAAGGACCAGUGUCGACUAGAAAAAUCAGAACAGCGAAAAGAAAUCAAGAAAAUUUGUGAGAAACUGAGAUGGAUAAAAAUGCAGAUGAUACAUUUUAAGGAGAAAUAUUUUGAGCAACAGAACGUCAUGGGUGAAUUACAGCUUGCAGGCAAGUAUUCUUUCAGAAUCAACACAACAAAGCAGACUGUUUCAGGGAAUCAGACAAGUUUGAAUUCCAGUUACCAAUGGACCCACACACGGAAAAAUGAGUCCACAAAGUCAGGCUCCAAGGGAAAAAGAGCUGCACUUGCAAGCAAGACUAGACUCUGGAACUAUGGUGUCAUACCGUAUGUGAUCGAUGGCAUUUUUUCAGUUCGCAACAAAGAAUUAUUUGAACAAGCAAUGAGACACUGGGAGAAGUACACCUGCAUCACUUUUAAAGAGAAAGAGCCCGAAGAUCAAGAUUACAUUCUAUUUACACAGACAGCUUGUGGAUGCUGUUCCUACGUUGGAAACACGGGAACCGGCGCCCAUGCUGUGUCUAUUGGCCCUGGGUGUAACCAAUUCGGAAUUGUCCUUCAUGAACUGGGUCAUACCAUUGGUUUCUGGCAUGAGCAUGCCAGACCAGACAGAGACCACUAUGUGAAAAUUAUAUAUACAAACAUCGAGCCUGGUGUAGAAAGUAACUUCGAAAAAAAGCCAUUCGGUGAAGUGAAUUCCUUGGGAGAACUAUAUGAUUUUGGCAGCAUAAUGCAUUACUCGCUAAACUCAUUUGGACACAAUAAAUCCCUGGACACGAUAGUGCCCAGAUGGACAUCGAUGACAUACCAUGUUCCGGAAAUUGGUCAGCGAAAAAGGUUAAGUCCUGGGGACAUCAGACAAACUAACAAACUGUACAGAUGUCCGAAAUGCGGGCGUACAUUGCAGAAGUCAGCAGACACAUUUUAUCACAGGUCGAAUCCGGGUGAACCAGACUCUUGUGUGUGGCGUUUAUCUGCGAACCAAGGGGAGACAAUUGCCCUCAGCAUUACCCGCCUCAACAUAGCGGUGUCUGCAAACUGUGCUGGAGACUAUCUGGAAGUUAGAGAUGGGCAUUAUUUCAAGUCGCCACUUUUAGGUCGUUUUUGUGGUCAUCAGAUACCAGCUACCCUGAAAUCGACAGGAAGAAGAAUGUGGGUAAACUACGCAACUCGAAAUGGUGGUUAUAACGGAUUUGCUGCUUCUUACAAAGCUGCUUGUGGAGGUGAACGUUUUGAUUCUGGAACGAUCACCACUCCCAACUUUCCUGCUGAAUAUCUUCCUGGGAAGAAAUGCUCUUGGAAGAUUACAGCAAGAGAAGGGCUCAUCGUGGUCCUCCGAUUUACAUUCUUUCAGUUAGAAAACCACAUAAACUGUGCAUACGAUUACGUAGCAGUCUACGAUGGACCAACAGAGGCAUGGCCUUUGCUUGGCAAGUACUGUGGAUAUAGAAAGCUAAAACCAAUCAAGUCUAAUGGUAACACACUGUACGUGAAAUUUGUCAGUGAUCAGCUUUACCAGAAGGCUGGUUUCUCCGCUACUUUUGUUCAAG